GGGGUCAUAUGAACCCCGCGAGCCCCGAGCUCCCACAAGAACUAGAGAGUGUUGGAGGUUAGAAUCGUCUAUCACACAUGUUCUACGAGCUUCAAAUGUUCCGGUGUAUUAGACCAUAUAAAUCAGUUCACCAGUUCAUUGUUGAGUGAACAAUCAACGUUAUUGAGUAUUUUGCAUACUAUCGAUUCAACACAAAUAUUGGAGUCAUCAUGUUUAAUAAAGUUUGCACUCCAUUACGGAGCCAAACACGAACCUGUUCAUCGAUGCUGCUGAGGAAAGCAAAGCCUGUUGUUGAAUUGGACGCAGUUACGAGGGAUUUGCUGGCCAAGAAUGAAAUUAAACCACGAAAACAUUCUGGGGUUGUGUAUAGACAAGCUGUUGAACUCCCAACGUGGGUUACAAAGGGAAUAAAAUUGAUUAUUGAAGGUUACUCUGCUCGACAACUGAUGGAGGACUCAUCGAAGUUCUACAGGCAUUUGAAGGGUCGUCAUCCUCCACCUGAGAAGGAAGCAUUCGAGGCGCAGUUCGAUAACCUCAAGAACGAAAUUCGACAGCAAAAACGUUAUGAAAAUCUGGCCCCCGAAAUGGAGGAAAAGGUGGACAACGCAGUCGCUUCUAAAGCUUUACAAAUGAUGAGGACAAAUGUGCAGUACAGCUCGUCCGCUGUCAACUAUGACUACUACAAUAGCAUAUUGUACAUGAUGGCGAGGAGUGCACCUGAUUAUGCAAUUUUAUAUAAAAUAUUUCACGAGAUCAAAUCGAGAGAUGGGGAUUUUGAGGCAAAGAAUUUAUUAGACUUUGGUUCAGGAAUUGGAACUGUUUCUUGGGCUGCAGCACAAUUCUGGCCAACAUUGAAGGAACACAUAUGCAUUGAUGCCUCCACGGAAAUAUGUACUCUAGCCGAAGAGUUAGCAAAACAUGCCGAACCAAAAAUCAAAGGAGUCUUCCAUCGACAGUUCCUCCCCGUAACUGCAGUGCCAAAAUUUGACGUUGUGGUGAGCGCUUUCGGCUUAUUCGAUUUGCCAGAUAGAAAAAGUCGUCUAGAAGUUAUUUUAAAUUUGUGGAGGAAAACAGGAAGGUAUUUAGUCCUUGUCGAGCAAGGCACCAAUGCUGGAUUCAAGGUUAUCAACGAGGCUAGAGAUUGCAUCUUACAUAUAUUAAACAAUUCCAAGACGCAAGAGAAUGUUUCCCAAAGCUACAUCUUCUCUCCAUGCCCGCACGAAUCCAAGUGCCCAAAGAUAAUGGUUGACAAUGGUACUCCAUGCAAUUUCCAAGCAUCUUACAUUGCUUUCUCUUUGAAGAAUGCAAAGUUCUCGAGGAAAGAAUGCUACUCCUACAUUGUAUUCAGAAAAGGAGGUAAAUGUGAUGAGAAGGAAAAGAAAUGGCCCAGACUAGUCCAACCCACGUUGGUCCGUUCAAGACAUUCGAUCUGUCAUAUGUGCACACCCAGUGGAAAAUUAAUGGAAGUGUACUUUACAGCAGGAAAACACGAAAGACCUGUAUACUACUGCGCCCGGUCGAGCGAGUGGGGUGAUCGACUGCCCCUUGAAAUAGUGAGUGAAACGCAAAAUGACACAGCGAAUUCCGUAAUUGAGGUAAAACCCAAGUGACUUGCUGAUUUGAUGGAGAAUUUGACCAGUCCAUUGAUUGUAUAAUAUACGCAAUAAAACUCGAUAUCAAUUAUCGUCUGUAAAUAAAUAAGUUUUUAUCACACACAAA